AUGGGGCUCUGGACCUUUAAUCAGACAUUAGCACGCCGAGAGCUAAUGAGGAUGAUUGUGUUGCAUGAAUUGGCAUUCUCAUUGGUGGAGUACGAUGGAUUUAGAAGAUUUGUCUCUAGUCUAAAUCCUAGCUUCAAGAUGAUAUGUAGAAAAACAGUGAAGGAGGACUGCAUGAAAGCAUUUCAGGAAGAGAAGAGAAUUCUGCAAAGGAUGUUCCAAAACUCCAAAUCCAAGAUUUCUUUGACUACGGAUCUGUGGACAUCAAAUCAGACAGUGGGGUACAUUUGCAUCACAGCUCACUUCAUUGAUGAGGAGUGGAAGCCGCAGAAGAGGAUAGCGAAAUUCGCAGCUAUGGAGACGCCGCACACAGGAGCUGCAAUGUUCAACAUCAUGGUGAAUUUCAUAAGAGAGUGGAACAUUGAAGAUAAUCUCUUUGCUGUGACGCUAGACUAUGCAUCGAACAAUGGUGCAAUGAUGAAGCUAUUGAAGGCACAUCUCCUGCUUAAGAAGAUGUUACCUGGUAGUGGCAAGUUGUUUCACCAACGUUGUGCUGCCCAUGUCAUAAAUCUGAUAUGUCAAGCAGGAUUGAACUUCCUUGGUCCAGUGAUCAACAUGAUGCGUGAAAGUGUCAAAUAUAUUCGAAGCUCACCAAGUCGAAAGGAAAAAUUUCAAGAAAUCGUUGCGCAGCAUGGUGUAUCAUGUGGGAGAACUCCAAGUCUUGAUGUUCCAACUCGCUGGAACUCAACCUACAUGAUGAUUGAUAUAGCGAAGGAGUAUCGCGGAGUGUUUGACUCUUUGGCCAUUCAAGAUAAACAAUAUACCUUCAAGCCAUCUUUUGAGGAUUGGGAAAAUGUCGAAGAUGUCUGCAGGCUACUAAAGGUAUUCUAUGAAGCCACUAAUGUGAUAUCGGGCACAAAAUAUCCAACUGCUAAUUUGUAUUUCCAUGAAAUGUGGAAAGUGAAGCUGACCUUAGAGCAACAACAUUAUGAAGAGGAUUCUGAGAUGGGUACAACGGUCAAAUAUAUGAAGAGAAAAUUCAGAAGGUACUGGAAGAUGACAUGGUUGAGCCUUUGUAUUCCAGUGAUUUUGGACCCACAAUUCAAGUUGAAAUAUAUUGAGUUCCGAUUUGGCCUAGAGUUUGGGAACGAAGCUGCAGCAAUGAUUGCUAAAAUAAAAAAUGUGUUCCAAGGGUUGUUCAAGGAAUACCUCCAAUUGAAUGACAAUGGCUCAGAUCCCAUUUCACAAGGAGGUGAUGAUGACAUGGCUAUAAGUGGUGAAGAUCCUAUGGCUGAUUGGGACCAACAUGUCACCCUCACUGCUCAAUCAACAAAUUUGGAUUCUACUGAACUUGAUUCAUACUUGUCAAAGCUAAUACUCAACGUAGCUUGGCUUCAGUUCAUGACAUUUUACUGGACUUACAAGAUAUGA